UUUUACAAGAAAGCCCUCCAGUUUUCUCGUAUUUCUCUUGCCGUUCCCGCGCCACCAAACCAAACCAACUCUUCGUCGUCGCGCCGCUUCCGUUCUUCCGGCGGCCAUGGAGGACGCAGCAGCAGCAGCAAGGCGGAUGGAGAGGCUUGCCUCCCACCUCCGCCCGCCCGCUUCUCAGAUGGAGGAAUCACCCCUCCUGAGGGGCUCCAAUUGCCGGGCAAAAGGUGCCGCUCCGGGUUUCAAGGUCGCCAUCUUGGGAGCGUCUGGUGGGAUUGGCCAGCCUCUUGCAUUGCUCAUGAAGAUGAACCCUCUUGUUUCUGUGCUCCAUCUGUACGAUGUUGUCAACACUCCCGGUGUCACAGCUGACAUUAGCCACAUGAACACUGGUGCUGUGGUGCGUGGUUUCUUGGGCCAGCCACAGUUGGAAAAUGCCCUUACUGGAAUGGAUCUUGUGAUCAUUCCUGCUGGUGUUCCUCGUAAGCCUGGGAUGACAAGGGAUGAUUUGUUCAACAUCAAUGCCGGAAUCGUCCGGACUCUUUGUGAAGGAAUCGCAAAAUGCUGCCCCAAUGCAAUUGUGAAUGUGAUCAGCAACCCUGUCAAUUCUACUGUUCCGAUUGCUGCUGAGGUUUUUAAGAAAGCUGGGACAUAUGACCCUAAGCGCCUUUUGGGGGUGACGACACUUGAUGUAGUGAGAGCCAAUACUUUUGUGGCAGAAGUUCUUGGGCUUGACCCCAGAGAUGUAAAUGUCCCUGUCAUUGGUGGGCAUGCAGGAGUAACAAUAUUACCACUCCUUUCACAGGUGAAUCCUCCCUGCUCAUUCACCUCAGAAGAAAUUAGUUAUCUUACCACUCGCAUACAGAAUGGUGGGACAGAAGUAGUCGAGGCUAAAGCUGGAGCGGGGUCUGCAACCCUUUCAAUGGCGUAUGCAGCUUCUAAAUUUGCAGAUGCUUGCUUGAGAGGAUUGCGUGGCGACGCUGGGAUAGUGGAGUGCUCUUUUGUAGCUUCUCAGGUGACAGAGCUGCCUUUCUUUGCAUCCAAAGUGCGGUUAGGUCGCUGUGGCAUCGAGGAGAUCUUAUCACUUGGUCCAUUGAAUGAAUUCGAAAGAGCUGGACUGGAGAAGGCUAAGAAGGAGCUGGCCGAGAGUAUCCAAAAGGGGGUCGCUUUCAUCAACAAGUGAGGCCAUCUUGGAAUGCCCCAAUUUAGUUCAACAUGGAAAUACACAGGCUGUGUCUUUGCUUCCUGGGGAGUGGGAAGAACACUUGUAUCAUCUUGUCUCAAAUGUAAAAGCUGCCUACACGAUGUUUAUACAGCUGUAGCAGAUGCAAAAACACAAGUCUGCUAAUAAAAGUUGCUUCUGAAUAAAAAGGAACCCUGCUCUGAUCUCUGCCUUGUUAAUUAUGUUUCCCUGGACAGUGAACAUCUCAUCAGGUGUAAUUUGAUCUUGUGAUGGACUUGCAAA